GGAUUUGGACGAAGUUUCCGAACUGUCCCGGCCCGGAGGAGCCCUGGGGGUUGAAAGGGAAUCGCCAUCACCGAAAUAAUGGAAGAUUCCCAUUUCAACUCAUCAUACUUUUGGUCUCCCGUACCAACAGUACAAGGACAGAUCGAGAAUGCCAUGUUUCUGAAUAAGAUGAAAGAGCAGCUGGGGCCGGACAAGGGCAGUGCUUUUCCGCACUCAUCGGCGGCGCAUUACUCUACGGCAGUGCUGACGGUGCCGGGCUCGGUCGCCAUGGACACCGGAGCCAUCGGGAGGUUGCCGAAGCAGGAGGGUGGAGGCGGAGCUGGCGGGACAGCAGGGGCGCAAAUAGCGGGAGUGGGAUCACACCUGCACCCACCUCACACAUCUCAGAACAUCACGGUGUUGCCCGUCACCUCUACUGGCAUCAUGACGGCAGGUGAGUGUUCAAAAACAGACAAGAAAGAGGACGGCAGUAUUCCACCCGCCGUAGUCAUGCCAUUCCCCUCAAAGCGGGGCAGAAAGAAGAAGUCCAUGAUGCCAAGGGCAGGUCCCGUUUCAGCCCACGCACUUGCCACAGGAAGUGAUGCGCUGAUUCUUGCACACCUGGCCGCUGGGGGACAGCAUAACACAAGUGACCCAUACGACCUUUCCAAUGAUGAGGAUGAUCAUCAAGGCAAAGAUGGGAACAAGUCCUACAGGUGCCGGAUGUGUGCAGUGACGUUUUUCAACAAAUCAGACAUGCAGAUUCAUGCCAAGUCACACACGGAGGCGAAGCCACACAAGUGUCCUCACUGCUCUAAAUCCUUUGCCAACUCCAGCUAUCUGGCGCAGCACAUCCGCAUCCACAGCGGCGCCAAACCCUACACCUGUUCCUACUGCCAGAAAACCUUCAGACAGCUCAGCCACCUACAGCAGCAUACACGAAACCACACAGAGGGCAAACCGCACAAGUGUCCUCACUGCUCCAAAUCGUUUGCCAACUCCAGCUACCUGUCCCAGCACAUCCGCAUCCACAGCGGCGCCAAACCCUACACCUGCUCCUACUGCCAGAAAACCUUCAGGCAGCUCAGUCACUUACAGCAGCAUAACAGGAUUCAUACUGGUGAUCGGCCAUACAAGUGUUCCCAUCCCGGCUGUGAGAAAUCUUUUACCCAACUAUCCAACCUCCAGUCUCAUCGAAGACAGCACAACAAGGACAAGCCAUACAAAUGUCACAAUUGUAACCGCGGCUACACAGAUGCGACUAGCUUGGAGGUUCACUUGUCGACACAUACGGUGAAACACGCCAAACUUUUCUCCUGUGGCCUCUGCAACCGCGCCUACACAUCUGAGACGUACCUGAUGAAACACAUGAGAAAACACAACCCAGAUCCUCUGACGGUAGCAGCUGCAGUGGCUGCCCAGCAGGGCCACAAUCCGGCUCAGGCCUCAGGCGGGGGAAGCGGCAGGGGUCGCGGGCGAGGCAGGGGUGGCGGAGCUGCAGCAGCGCAAGCGCAGAACCAGCCCAACCCCGCCCCGCCAACCAGUUACUCUGUUACGGAGGGAAUACCCUGCCCUUUCGACCUGCAUCAGUACAAGACCGUGUCAGCUGGAGAGAUCCAGUACAAACCGGUCACCGUGGCCGACCUGACGGCCCACAAAGACCUCUGCCUCACCGUCUCCACCUCUGCCAUCCAGGUGGAGCACAUGAACUCGUAGAGGAGCUUGAGGAGAAUGAGAGCGAAGAGGUGGGGUUAGGAGAAACGGACCAUGAAUUGGGAAGGAAAUAAAACACUGCCUUGGGACAGAGGAGGAUUUCCAAAUACAAACUGGCAGGAGGGGAGGGCAGGUUUGCAAAUUAAGGAGAAAAGGAGAGAUGAAGGAGGAGCGCAUGGACUCUUAUGAGCCUGCUGAUUGACAUUUCAAGCAAACGUGCAGCUGAUUUGUCACUACCAGCUGAGUCCUGUUGGAAAGAGGUGGCUAAGACUGCACUAAAGGGGAGAAGGAUAAACAGAAGCUAAUGGUUUAUGGGAGAUGGCACUUAAAUGAACUUUUUUAUUCAUCGUUUCUGUUUUCGUCAUUACAUUUUAGCCAUUGAUCACAUGUAUUUUUCUAUUGUCCUUGUGUAUGUAUGUGUUUGAGUGUACGAAGAAGGGUUGGUUGAAAGAGCAUGCAAGAGAACAUUUAAAGGAGAUGAAUGUGUGAAAACAUCUAUAAAGUUGUCUUUUUUCUCUCUCUUUUUUUUUUAAGAGUUUAGUCAUUUUAUAUGUUCUUGACCCUCCCCACAACGAGUCUUUUUUCCAGAGAGGGAGGGAGGAAAAAAAUGUGUAGACAACAAUUUGGUUACCAGGUACUAUUUAGUAGUGUUUUUUUAAAAACCUUUAAUACCAGUUAUUAUAUUAACUUUGUUUUUUAUGCAGUUGUUAUCAUCAUCAUCAUCAUUAUCCAUUGGGAGUUACUCUGUGUGUGUGUGUGUGUGUGUGUGUAUAUGUAUAGAGAGAGAUGACAUGUUCAUUCAAAAAGGGAAGGACUGUCUUUCUGGUCCAGCUGAAAUAUGAUUUUUUUUAAAUGCUUUAAAGGCAACAUUAGAGAUCAGAGAAUGGGAUGUUAACAUAUUGCUAAACCAUCCGAUCCCUGAUCUACAUGAUGCUAUAUGUGUCCAGUAAGCAGCCAAGAGAUUGGCUGAUCCUCCAUGUAUAACCUCGAUGUAUCCAUAUAUGUCUUUGGAAAAUAACACGGUUCUCAAUAUUAUUAUUAUUAAUGUUACUUCUGUCACUCCUAAUACUUAUUAGCUACUCUUUAAGAUGACUUUGCUGUAUAGAUCAACACUCAUUCAUCUUGACGUAACUGUUUCUCCUAAUAUGAACAAUAAAAAAACC